GUGGGAAUCAGUAAGAGAGCAAGAAGUGUGGGCACAUGCACUCAUUCUUUUAACCGAAGAAAGUUGCAGUUCGCGAUGGCUUUUUAUCUGUGAACUUUUUGUGGCGGAUAGCUAGCGCUCCAAAGGGAGUCUACAGUUCACGGAUUGCAAGCUGAGACGGAGAUCACGCUUAAGAAAAUGUAUUUUUUUCCACUGAAAAUGAUGCGAAAAAAUGUUAAAUAUAUUGUUGCAUCUGGGAUUUUGGCAUUAGGAAUACUUGCUUACCUGGAUUUCAUAUCUCUGGAUAUCUGGCAUCAAAAACACGAUGUUGGAAGGUAUCCACCAGGUGGGGUCUUUGUGGGCGAAUCUAUAAGAAGAGAAGAUGGCAAUCUGAAAAUACCCCAGCAACGCAGAGCUGUUCCGGUUGAAAAUGGUUUUGAAUUCAAGAACAAUGUACCUCCAUGGAAACCUGAGUUUAUAGGUCAAGCUAAUCUGCAUAUUUUUGAAGAUUGGUGUGGGAGUUCCAUUGACCAACUUUGUAGAAACCUCCAUUUUCCAUUAUACCCACAUACACGGACAACUAUAAAAAAACUGGCAGUGGCACCUAGCUGGACAAACUAUGGUCUUAGAAUAUUUGGAUACAUCCAUCCCUUUGCCACUGGUAUCUUUCAGUUUGCAGUGGCUUCUGAUGAUAAUUCUGAAUUUUGGCUGAGUAAAGAUACGGACCCUGAACAUCUUCAGCUGCUUGCUUCUGUUGGGAAGUCAGGCAAAGAGUGGACUGCUCCUGGGGAAUUUGGAAAAUAUCACAGUCAGGUUUCUCAACCUGUGCAUCUGUCUUCUGACAAUCGGUACUAUUUUGAAGUGCUUCAUAAACAGGAUCACAAAGGCACAGACCAUGUGGAAGUUGGGUGGAGACUGAACCAGCCUGGCCUGUUGUUUACUCUAAUCGAGCCCCAGUAUAUUUCCCUGUUUGCAAAUGAGUCUUUGUUAAAGAUGAAUGACAUCGACCAUAUACCAUUAUCGAAGGCCAGCUAUCGAAUAAACUGCACAAACCCAUUAGGCACCAGUCACAGUUCAGAAAUGCUCAGGACUGACCCCAGGGAUGAAUUUUUUACAUUUCCUUUGAUUGAAGAGCAAUAUUUACAUCAGAUUUUACCAGACUGCAUCUACAACCCAAGCUAUGUCAUCAAAGAUUUUCCUCUUAAUCGCUAUCAAGGGUUACGUUUUGUACAUUUGUCCCUCAUUUAUCCCAAUGACUUCACAAGACUUACACACAUGGAGUCAGAAAACAGGUGUUUCUAUCGUGAGACUCCAUAUAUUCUAAACAGGUUUGGGUUUUACAGAUUCAUGAAGAUGGAUACUCCAGUUGAGCGUGCAGUUAUUUCUGUUCAGGAAGGAGAAAGUUUUGAACUAGUAGAUAAUGUUAAGCACCAUAAUUCAAAGGAAUAUAUUUUUCAGUAUGAAGAUCCAAAUAUUGGACACAGAGAGCUUCCUGAAGAGGAAAGACAAAUGGAACAUAGUCCCAAAGACUAUGGUGAUGAUUACGAUGAUUAUAAUUUUAAAAGACGAAGGAAGAUGCUCUCUGCAAAGACCACCCCCAGAUCACCCAUGCAGACAAGAUCUGUUGCCAAGAGAAGAAAAAGAAGGAAAGAAAGCCAGAUUUACUUGCAACAAGUAAACGGAUUUGAAAAGCAAAAUCAAGAAAUGAAAAUAGAUAAAAGAAGAGAGGCACCAUUUAUUAAUCAGGCAAACACUAUGCAGCUAGCAAAUCUCAGCCAGCCUUUAAUGCAGAUCAAGAUAAGAACUCUUAGGCCAAGGGUGAAGCAUAUCAGAAACAAAGAGAUAAAUGAGGAGGUGCAGAAUUUUCAUCAAGUGUUAGCUGUCGUACCUCCACAUCAAAAAUCUCUUCCCACAAAAACAAAAGAGGAGAAAGAGAAUAAUGCAGCUCUUGAAAAAAGGGUCUUUUUGGUGCAAGAAAACAUAAAGGAUCCAAAAUUGUCAAAUCACAGCCAGCAAGAAAUGUAUAACACCCAAAAUAGAAUGAACAUUAAAAAUCAAGAAUAUGAAAUGUGGCAAAAAGAGAGUAUGGAAAUGGGAAGGAAUCUGGAAGAUCAGGAUUUAUGGAGAGAGAAGUCAUUUAGUAUCUCCCCUUAUGGUAGUAACACAGAGGGUUAUUCUGAUGACCUAGAAGAAGACAGACUUUUUUUCAACCCUGCUAUUCAUGACCAGGAAGUAAACUGGGAACAAACAUUCAGUGUCGAUAACGUUGAUUUCCAUUCCUUGCGAUCAGAUGAUAUUGACCUUACAUGUAAUGUAUCUGGAAAUCUUCUCCUUAAAGAGUCUGAAGCACUGGAGGUUGUUGAGAUAUUCAUGAAGAAGUUCAAAGAAAAAAACAAAGGGAAGUUUGAACUGAGGAAGGUGGUUAAUGUGGAGAAGCGUGUUGAUGAAAUUCAAGGAAGCAGAUAUCUUUUGGAGCUUGAACUCCUGGAAGAUGGGAAACGGACUGUGAGAUUGUCACAGUACAUUUAUUCUCUUAACCAUAAUAUAUACAAUAUGGAUGUAAAAUACAAGAGGAAAUCCAAGCAUAAUAAAAAGUUGCUUUUGUGCAAUCCUGUGGGUUUGUCCUGGAAACGUGACACUAUGGUCCAUUUCAUUGUACCAGUUAAAAAUCAGGCUCGCUGGGUCCAGAAGUUCAUAGCUGACAUGGAGGAACUGUAUGAAAUCACUCGAGAUGGAAACUUUAAUGUCAUCAUUACUGACUACAGUAGCACAGAUAUGGAUGUUGAAAAAGCCUUAAAACAAGCGUCUUUACCAAGAUUUCAGUAUUUGAAACUGAAGGGAAACUUUGAGCGUGCUGCUGGGCUGCAAGCUGGAAUCGACCUCAUUCAGGACAACCACAGUAUUAUAUUUCUUUGUGACUUGCACAUUUACUUUCCCCCAAUGAUCAUCGACAGCAUUCGCAAACACUGCAUAGAGGGAAGAAUGGCUUUUGCACCAAUUGUUAUGCGUCUGAACUGUGGUGCCUCUCCUGAUCAACCAGAUGGUUACUGGGAAGUGAAUGGUUUUGGUUUACUGGGCAUCUUUAAGUCUGAUCUUGCAAAUGCUGGUGGGAUGAACACACUGGAAUAUCAUGAGUCAUGGGGAGGAGAAGACUGGGAACUUUUGGACAGGAUUUUACAGGCUGGACUAGAGGUUGAAAGGAUACAUCUGAGACAUUUUUAUCACCACUACCACUCCAAGCGAGGAAUGUGGAACAGACGCAUAUACAGAGCUAUGCAUAGAAGUAACGUUUGAGAUUUAUGAACUGAAGUAACGGUACAGCCAACUCCAUUGGUCUGUUGGACUCACUGGCACACUUUGCAAUUACACUUGAGCGAACUGGAAUUAUGGGUCUGAGGUACAGAGGCAGGCCUUUGUCUAAUGCUCAUGGUCUAUUAAAUUAAUAAGGUUACUUUUAAUUUAUAAAAAUUAUAAUAUGUAGGAAGUGGUUUUUUUUUUGCUUUUCAUAUGGGCAUUCUUGUUUUAGAGACAGCAAUUUAAUUUAGUCAUUUGUUUUUUUUUUUCCAUUUUGUAACAUACAUGAGGGAGAAUAUUUAAUAUGAAUGGUGUGUGGGAAGUGCUGCUUAUAUGUCUAUACAGGUUGCAUGUAUAUAUGCAUUUAAAAUACAUUCAUUUUCUUGUAUACAUGCAUAUGUGUAUAUCAUUUUGUAUGCAUAUCUAAAUAUGCAUGUAAAUUGUAUGCACAUUAGUGUGUAUGUUCAUACUCUACUAAAUGACACUGCAUUUUUGUUACUAUUAGAAAAUAAGGGUUAUUUUCUUCCUAAGAAGUAAGUUGAUUUUUUUUGUUUUUUCUACCAAGUACUGUAUAUGCUAAAGACAUUGAGUUGUUUUAAUUGAUCUGCCUUGACUCGGAGUACACUUUUCAGCAUAUCAUGUAGAAUAGAUGUUAAUGUCUAAUUUACAUGGAACAAUAAAGGGAACAGUUAGAUUGCAGAGUCAUUGUAAAGAGAAAGUAUGGGAUGUGAGCUUUUUCAUAUUACUGUAUAUUACAGAGUAUAUAUAUACACUUUCACAAUGAGGUGUAAAACAUAAUCUUUGAUGGCAUUUCUGGAUCUUAGUAAAAUGCGGCCUUGUAGAGUUGAGUCCAGUAGAGUACAGACAUGGCUCUCAGUUUAGCUUCUGGGUUGUAUCAGGGUAUUUCGUCUAGACACUGUGAAGAAUCUUUAAAAAUGUUAUGAUUCUAUAUGAUCUAUGGGACAUUUCUUUUGUAUUUCUAGCCCUGGCAAAAUUUUGAAUCCCACAGUAGGUCAUAGUGCAUUUACACCUGUGCAAUUUUUAUAUGAUAUACUUGACGGUUUCAUUGGUUGUGCAUAACAUGAGGGGCAAAAUCUCAGCACUUAAACACUUCUGUUAUGAGUGCCAGUCUACCCGUGUGUGUUAGUUUGCACCUUAAAGUAAAAAAGAAAUAUCAAUCAUCUGCUAUUUCUCAGGGGUUUACUUGACUAUUAAUGCUAAAGCAGACUACUUCUUAAUAAAGGUUUCAGUUUGUGAAGAUUAAUGAAUUUAAGAUUACUGCACUUUAUUGCACUUUUAAUCUUCACCCUUAUAUAUGUAUAUGUGUUAUCUAAGGUGCAGGCUGGCAUGUGUACAUAUUAAAGUCAAUGAAUUCAAAAUUGUGAUUUUUCUGCCAUGUCUGUUUGGGGUGUAACGUUUUUGAUACCACAUUUUCAUAUAAUUAAUUGUCUUGUGAGUUGUAUACUAACAAAACCCAAGGUAUAUUUUUUGUUAACCUUCUUCAAUUUAGGAAAUCUUCUGUAAAGUGACUUCAAAAACGUUUCACUUGACACAGCCACAGCAUAAAUUUUGGAUGUAGAGCAACAUACUCCAUUAAAUUACAGUAACUAAUCUCCCUGUUUAAUUACAAAUAUACAGAAUAGGCUAAUUCCAAUAAAGAAUUCUCUGGUUGGUUGAAGUGGAAAAUGAAAUGUGGGUCUUUCAACAGAUUUUGGUUAUCUAGAUAGCUUCUGUGUAAGCAGUCAUAACGCUGCACUAUGGGAAAACUGGCAUUUUGGGAAAAUUACUGUUCUGUGUGCUGUCUCCUGUCUUCUGAAUUCUACAUUAGUUACAUGAAGUAUGAUGCAAUUGGAAACUGUAGCAAUCAACAACAUCUCUGGAUGUAUUUAUUUUAUACUUUAAUAUGUUACACUACCUCUGGAAACAUAUAUAUUUGUGUUAGUGAAGUAUGUGUACAAUAAAAGCAGUUCAGUUGAUUAUUAUGUACAACUUGAAGUUUGUGCCAAAAAUGGGGCAUUAUUCUUGCCCUGGCCCUUAAGCAUAUAAUUAUAUAUUGUUUAUUUAUAAACUCCUUAGUAUUUAUAUUGUGCUGCUGCUUCUAGCUGGAAUCGGCCAGGACCAAAUAUAUUACAUAAAAUAGUGCAGGUCAGAUUAUGACAUUUAUAAGUAAUAUAGAAAUUUGAUCUGAAUAGCAUAUCCUUUGAAAUGUUGCAUAGCUUAGGGUUCUAACACUUCAAACACAAAUACAUGGUUUAUGCGACUAAUACCUAUCAGAUCACUUUGACCGUUUUGGCACUUCUAUGGAAUUGCAAUCAAUAG